AUGGAUAAAUCAUGGAUUGGAAAGCCACGGAACACAAGCGAAUACUGGCUUGGUUUGGAUAAAUUUCUUGAUUUUGCGUUUAAGAAUGCGGCUGUGGAAGAUACAAUUAGAUGCCCAUGUCCUAAAUGUGGCUUUGGCAAGUGGCACACUAGAGAGAUAGUGCAAGAUCAUUUGAUUUGCAAGCCAUUCCCUCAAAAUUAUGUUAUUUGGAAUCUUCACGGUGAGAAACAGGUAGUAGCGCCUUCUGGAGAUAGAGACGUUAUGCAAGAGAUGUUUCACCCAGAAAAUCCAAUAGAAACAAUGCUUAAUGAUGCAUUUGGGUACGAUAGGCACCAAACGGCUGAUGGAGGGAUAUCUCAACCAUUUGACUCAAAUGAAAUAUCAAAUGAGGCGCAUAGGGAGGAUACUGGCAACUUUCAUGAUUUUCUCAAAGAUGGAAGUGAGACACUGCAUGAAGGGAGCAAGUAUACAAAGCUAGAGUUUUUAAUAAAAUUGUAUCAUAUAAAGGUCUAUUGUGGAUUAAGUGACAAGGCUAUGACUAUGAUACUAGAUUUGUUGAGAGAUGCAUUUGAAGAUGCAAAGUUACCGCCUUCCUUUUAUGAGGCCAAAAAAACCAUUAGCAAACUUGGCCUUGACUAUAUCAAGAUACCUGCAUGUCCAAAUAAUUGUAUGCUAUACUGGGAAGGUGAUUCAGAAUUAGAAGCAUGUAAGCAUUGUGGUACAUCUAAAUGGAAUCCUAACAAGAAAAAAAAGCAAGCUGCAAAGGUUUUGCGUUAUUUUCCACUGAAACCAAGGUUGCAACGAUUAUUUAUGUGUGGUAAGACUGCAGAACAUAUGAGAUGGCAUGCUUCAGGCAAUAAUGCUGAUGGGUUGAUGAGGCAUCCAAGGGAUGGUGAAGCAUGGAAGACAUUUGAUCAGACUCAUUCUGGAUUUGCUUCGGAUCCUCGAAACGUUCGCUUGGGCCUUGCUAGUGAUGGUUUCAAUCCUUUUGGAACAAUGAGUACUACCUAUAGUAUUUGGCCAGUCUUCUUGAUUCCAUAUAAUCUUCCUCCCUGGAUGUGUAUGAAGCACACCUCUUUCAUCUUAUCAAUGAUUAUUCCAGGCAAGCACAUGCCUGGAAAUAAUAUAGACGUGUACUUACAACCCCUCGUUAAGGAAUUAUGUGAGUUAUGGAAUGAUGGAGUUGAAACGUUUGACUCAUCAUUGAAUGAAAAUUUUAGAAUGCAUGCAGCUCUUAUGUGGACAAUCAGUGACUUUCCGGGAUUAGGUAUCCUAUCUGGCUGGAACACUCAUACUAGUUUUGCCUGCCCAACUUGUAACUUUGACACAGAACCUUAUCGUCUUCGUCAUAGUAAAAAGUG